UCAUGAAUGCUUGGAAUGCCACCUGUCUGGUGUCAUGAAGCACAUAGUUCUUGCGUCCACUAGAACAUUCCGGGGUGGUUCCAAGCGGCUGUACGGUAUAUAAGUCAGCCUCCUUGUUGCCUCGUCACCCUCCAAUAUCAGCAAAGAUGGCAUUCGCUAACUUCUUCUACUUCCUCUGUUGGAUCAGCGGACUCUUGACUCUAAUCCAACUUCACCCUCUCCUCGACGAUCUUCACUGUCCUGACGAAUGGACCCAAGUCAAUGAUCGUUGUUUCAUCUUCAAAAACGACGACAGGAACUUUGCCGAUGCGGAGAGCAUUUGCAAACAUCUCGGUGGGAAUCUGGCCUCCAUCCACAACGGCUUGGAAAAUGCAGCUCUGAAAGAACUGGCCAGGGAUGAUAACGGUACCGUGCGAAGAAGCUGGAUCGGCCUCCAUGAUUUAGCCACGGACCCGAUGUGGACUGAUGGUACAGCCACCGACUACGAAGACUAUGGACGUGAAGAACCCGACGGCAGCGGCUGCACUCAGUUUCGAUUUGAUGCUGGAGAGGAGAGGUGGUUUGACACCUCAUGUGAUACAGAAAUUGGAUUCAUUUGCGGCAAAGAUGUGGACUAAAAGACCGCCAUCGCUGCUGUCCGUUUGCCUGCAAGGCGUAUAAACUGCUAUUAUGAAUAUG